CAUAAGGACUGCAUCCUACGAUGAUGAGCAUACAUGGCCCAUGCAAAAGACAAGUACUACUGGGCUCAACUAAGAGCUACUCUCACUGCAGGUCAAUGGUCGUCUCUUUCACCAGGAACAGCUCAAAAUGGCUCUCCGUUGUCUUGGUUUCAUAUGAUACGCAAGUUCAAGAAACACUGUAAAGGUUUCCAAGACGUGGCAGAGGUCGCAUCACAAACCCAAGCUAUAUUUUUACUGCUCGGAGCAGACACAGAGAAUGUGGACCAGCUAGGCCUAGAAAAUGAUGACGAGCUCGUUCUCGGCGACGAGUGUCUCUUACCACCGGAGCGGAUAGAGGAAGCUAGAGGGGGGUAUGAGAUAUUAAAGAGUCUGGACAGCAAGAAUUUCGAUUCUCUUCAUCUUGCACUUGCGCUCUACGCAUAUGCCCUCGGCCAAUUCUCGGAAUGCCUUUCCUAUUUGUCCCAAGUACCAAAGCUGCUCGAGGCGCAGACUCAUAUACCCCCAUCUUUCACCACUCGUUCAGAUAAUUCUGCGCUUCAAGUAUCUGGAUCGGUUACCGAAACCUCAUCUUCAUGGACCGGUAGUUUUGUUUCCGCCGACUCUCCUGGUUCGACAGCUGACGUCAAGGAUGGGAGAGCUUGGGCAAUCAUUGAAUCCAUAAGGAGCACAUGCUUACAAGGCAUGUGCUUCGAAAAAUUGUUACAACCCAAGAAAGCAAUCCAAGCCUACUCAUCUGCCCUCCCACUUCUGAGUAACAUAACGUCAGAGAUACCACGGACACUCACUGCCACAUAUUCAUCUCCCGCUUCAUUCGACAACUACCGCGAGCUCUGGCGUUGGACAGAACGUCUCAUGUUCAGGACCAUAUCUCUUCUUUCGCGGUUUUGCUGUCUGGAUGAGAACGAUGGCCUUAUUUGGAUUAUGUUCACCCAUUAUCAAGCUUGCAGCGCACAUUGGCCGGCGACAUUUCGCACUGGUCACCGCUCCACAGUUGCAGUCCUUCACCUCCGAGCGCUAAUCAUCCAACAUCAGACGUCAUCAACUCCAGCCACUCCUGAUCCGUCGUUUCAUUCAGCGAAACCACCCCAAUGGAUAAGUACUGCUCGCUCGGUCAUCCAUGAAUAUCGCACAAUUCUAGGAGCUUGCACUACUUUCCCCAAGGCUGGUGAACGUAACGUCAAAGUGGAGGAUUUUGUAGAUUUGUGUGUGGCAGUGUGGGAGGCUGAUGGGGCUUUGUCUGACCCUGUCCGUUGGGUUCUUGAUAUGCUCUGGUGGGCUACCCGUUUGACCUUCAACUCAUACCGUAUCUAUCGACACAUGACAAGACUGCUUUUUAUUUCCGGCGAUUCGGAGUUGGCUAAACGUACCCUGAGGUUAUACGUUCAGGUCGUUUCAAAAGCACGGGAAGCAGGGGUGGAUAAUGACUUUGACACGGAUCGUCAUUGGGUUGAGACGCUUAUCAAUGGUGCCCGGAUGCUCUGUCGUCUUUCCAUUUCACGCCAGGAUGGUAUCGACGAUGCCAAGGAGGCCGGUGAUAUGAUCGAAAAGGCGAAAACGAGACUGGAUGAGGACGAUAAGGAGAUGGUGGCGAGAGUCGCACUGGCCGAAGGCGUAUAUUAUACGACACUGGCAAUAAUAGAACAGGACCCCUACACGCGGCAGGCUCGUCUAAGUCGCGCCCUCGCUGCCUACUUGAAGUCUGUCGCAAUACACCCUACACCUGUCGCACAUCAUCAGCUCGCAAUCGCACUUUCUUUACCUGGAAGUUCGCAAAAUUUGGACGAGGCGAUCGUAUCCGCUCGCGCAGCUGUUGAAGACGAUGCUAAUGAGAUUCGACAUUGGCAUCUUCUCGGUCUGUUACUGAGUGCUAACGGCGAGUGGGAGAAGGCGGCCGGUGUUUUAGAAGUGGGUGCAGAUCUAGAUGAGGGGAAGCAGGACAUGGAAAGUCCAGCUAGACUCGACGCGGAAAAUACUACCAAUGACAUUGCGGUGAAAGCACCUAUGGCUGAUGGUAUCCAGGCCAAAGACUUUGAAUCAGACCAUCAAUAUGCCCAAGGAAAAGGUCAUUCAAAGCUUCCAGCUGCACGUCUACCGCUGAAUGAUGCCGACGGUCCGACAUCUGAGCACAAGAGGCUUCUUGAUCCAGAUGCAACCACUAUACCACCAUCUGCCACUCUCCUCCAACCUUUACCUGACCAUCCGUUGCCUUCUCCUCGUGACGCAUUUGAUUACGCCCUCCAGCUCAGAAUGACACAGAUGGCACUCGCCGAACAUAUAGAAGGUCCUGAGGGUGCAGAGGGGCGGUGGGUUGACGUAUUUGGCUGGGUUGCGGAACGCAAAGGGUCGCCCUCUACUUCGGGGUCUAUGACCGAGACGCAGCCGAGGUCGUCAAUGGAUACUGGUACCGGCGCCAGGACUACACGAACGUCAUUAGUAAUGCACCAGCCAUCACAGGAACCACUGAAUGAAAAAGGUCCUGAUGUAGACCAACAUGGAUCUCUGGGUCUCUCUCUUGGUCAGCAAGACCUCUCGUCAUCGGAACUUCCGCCAAUCACUGUGACACCUGCGACGCCUGCAGAGCCGCAUCGCCAUUUUCCACUCAGCAUGGAUGAGAAGGACUCGCUGAAGGGUACACGUUCCUCUUCAGCAGAUGGCACUGGUAGGAAAGUGCAGCAGAUGCUGAAAGCCCGCGUCCAUAAAGGGCAGGCAAAGAUUAGUACUAUUUCCAGGAAACUCGGAAAUGGCGUUGUACGCAACGGAAAUUUAAAAAGGAUGAACUCUGCACCAGACUUCCAUGCUGUGCUACAGAACCAUAACUACCAAGCGUCAUCAAUACACUCCCGCCGCCGGCUGCGUUCUCUAAUUCGUCAUAAUGCAGCUGCCGCACUCAUCGAGUCACCACCUGCUCCGCCUCCCCCGCUUCCUCCGGUGCAGGAGGACACACCUACACUCCACGCGACGAGAGACGACAAGCUUAUAAGUGACCUUUGGACCAUGUCUGCUGCCACUUUUCGACGACUUGGUAAAAUAGAGCAAGCCAAAGCUGCAGUCCAAGAAGCAGAAGUCAAAGACUCUGAAAAUCCUGCUGUUUGGGUGCAGCUUGGGCUAUACUACAUGGCGCUGGAUCGUAAUACAGAGGCUCUAGAAGCUUUUCAAAAAGCCCUGUUCAUCUCGCCUGACGAUAUCGCUGCAUCUGUGCACUUGUGUCGCAUCCACCUUUCCACAAAGUCUUCGACCGACACAGUUGACUCGGAUAAGGUUGAUCUAGUCGCUGGGAUUCUCGGACACGUCACCCGAGGACCUGGAUGGGACGUUCCUGAGGCCUGGUACUACUUGGCUAAAGCAUACGGGCUACAGGGCCUCAAAGACAAGGAGCGGGAAAGUCUGGCGACGGCUUUGUCGUUGAGUGAUCGCAGGAGUAUUAGGGAUAUUGGGCGGGCUGUGGGUUGGUGUUUGUGAUUCGUGCAUGUGGUUAAGGUUCGACUCUGUACGACAAUCAUAUAGAUGAUGGUCUUUUGCAUUGCUCUUCAAUGCCAGGUUGUAUCGACAAUUUAUUGCUUGGCUUUCGGUUAUGGAUCAGAAGGUUAUUUUUCGUGUGCGUUCCUCCUCGAGCGCUCGAGUCGAUAAAAAAAUUCUAUCCGGG